UUGAACUACCACUGCUCAUCACUGCUCCAUCAUGAUUGGGCUUGUGGCUUUCCUGUCCCUCGCUGGGCUGAUUUGUGCUGAGAAACCCUUCAACCAUAAUGUGCACAAUGAGAGGGUCAUAGGAGGAAGCAAUGCUCCACCCAACAAAUGGAAGUGGCAGAUUUCUCUCCAGCAGGAUGCAUACAAUGAUGGCAGCUACUACCACAUCUGUGGAGGCACUAUCAUUGAUAGUUACAACGUGAUGACUGCAGCCCACUGCAUCCUCAGCAUGGAUGCUAGUACCUAUCGUGUGGUGGCUGGUGAGUAUAACCUGUACGAGUAUGAUGGCAGUGAGCAGUUCAUCGGCGUGGACAGGAUCACUGUCCAUCCUGGCUGGACUGGUGACCUUGGCAACGGAAAUGACAUUGCCAUCAUGAGACUGUCUCAGCCUGUGUACGACAACGGCUACGUGGCUCUCGCUGAUCUUCCCUACCCUGGCGAGACAAUGCCUAAUGGCUUCACCUGUUACAUCACUGGCUGGGGACUUAUUGACUUCUACGGGACUGUCCCUGCCAUCCUGCAGGAGGCCGCCAUCCCUGUGGUGGCACAUUCAGUCUGCUCCCAGCCUAACUGGUGGGGCAGCCUUGCCAAGGAAACCAUGGUGUGUGCUGGAGGGGAUGGAGUCAUUUCAGGCUGCCAGGGCGACUCUGGAGGUCCCCUGAACUGUUACACCGGUGGAGCCUGGAGAGUCCAUGGUGUUGUCAGCUACGGUCCAGCAGGCAUGUGCAACCAAGUGAACAAACCCACCGUCUUCACCAGAGUCUCUUCCUUCCAAGACUGGAUCUAUUCAGUUUUGUAAACUCGUCCAAUCUGCCAAAUGGAACCAGUCAAAUAAAAUGACUAUGCAUCCCACUCA